AUGAGGCGAUUAUUGUUUGUUAGUAUCUUACGUGAUAUUCAACAAGUGAAUGAGUACUUCAUCCAAACUCGUGAUGCCACUGGUGCUCCUGGAUUAUCCGGUGUACAGAAGAUGACUGCAGCACUUCGGAUCCUGCAGUACGACAUGCCUGCUGAUGCUAUAGAUGAGCACAUUAGAAUCGAUGAAAGUACUGCAAUUGCCGCCUUGAAUUUUUUUACAAGAUCAAUUGUUGCUACCUAUGAAGUCAUUUACUUAAGAUCCCCAAAUGAAGUCCAAUUGCCCAAGCCGGUGCUUACACUGGACACUACCACAAACCAACAAUUGUACUCAAGGUCGCCUUUAUUUGCUGAAUUAACUAGAGGACAUGCCCCUGCUGCCAACUACACCAUCAAUAAUAAUGUGCACACCAUGGGGUAUUAUCUUGUUGAUGGUAUCAAUCCUGUUGGGCAACGAUUGUGA